AUGUUCGAGCAAGGUCCUCCCAAAUCUCCACGUCUGCAGGCCGAAUGCAACAGUCGUGUGGAGCCGGGUGGGGAGAGGAAGAUGGGGACAUGGACUGCGAGUAUACCCUCUCGCUCAGACCUGACGAGCAAACAUUACGUUCCGUCAUCCCCACUGAGCCAUUUGGAGCCUGCGCGGGGUCAUGAAGAUACGCACUAUGAUACGGCCAAUAGACCGCAAUCCCCGGUCUGGAACCCCCUCAGAUGCCCGAUUAACUCAGAUCUAUCGAUAGGCCUGGAUGUCGACCCCACUGAAUGCAACCUGUCCGAUGAGGCUGCCCUCGAAGCGAGUAGGCCAGAGACAGGAUCUGCCCCAGCGCCAAGAAGGCCUCGUUAA